UAGAACUCUCCCUAUGAAAAGAACAAAAAAGGUGUUAAUCAUGGCUGCUCUUAGAAGGACAAGUUUGUUAUUGAAAAAUGUUUUAUGUAAUUCUCGGACCAGAAGUUUGAAUCCUAUGAGAAGUAUUGGAGAAAUAUGGGUCGAUGGAAGCUGUGUUAAUCCUUCGCUAGGAUUAACAGAUGAACAAAAACAGAUACAGAAAGUUGCAACAGACUUUGCCAGAAAUGAGUUAUAUCCUAACAUGGCUAAAUGGGAUGAAGAGGAAAUAUUCCCAGUAGAUACAAUGAAGAAGGCUGCAGAACUGGGAUUCGGAGCUAUAUACUGUAAAGAAGAAAAUGGAGGGACAGGGUUAGGACGUAUGGAUGCAUCAGUGAUAUUUGAGGCAUUGUCUCAGGGGUGUGCCAGCACCACAGCUUAUAUAAGCAUUCAUAAUAUGUGUGCCUGGAUGAUUGAUGAAUUUGGAAACAAAGAACUCCAACAGAAAUGGAUCCCGGAGCUUGGUUCUAUGGACAAGCUUGCCUCCUACUGCUUGACUGAGCCUAACCAUGGGAGUGAUGCAGCUAACCUCAGCACCACGGCUAAAAGACAGGGAGAUAAAUUUAUACUCAAUGGAUCAAAGGCAUUUAUCAGUGGGGGAGGGGACACUGAUGUUUAUGUAGUCAUGUGUAGAACGGGGGAGCAGGGCCCUAAAGGAAUCUCCUGUCUGCUGGUGGAAAAGGGGUCUCCUGGGUUAGCCUUUGGCAAAAAAGAGAAAAAGGUUGGCUGGAACUCCCAACCUACCCGAGCUGUUAUUUUUGAGGAUUGCGAGGUACCUGCUUCAAAUCUGAUAGGGGAGCUAGGGGAUGGAUUUAAGAUUGCCAUGAGAGGUUUGAAUGGAGGAAGGAUCAACAUAGCUUCUUGCUCAUUAGGGGCUGCACAAUCUAGCCUUGAACUUGCCAGGGAUCAUCUCAAAGUCAGAAAACAGUUUGGAAAGACAUUGGACAGUUUCCAGCAUCUCCAAUUCACUUUGGCAGAAAUGGCCACAAAGCUUGUAACCUCGAGAAACAUAGUCAGAAUGGCGGCCAAAGCCCUGGAUGAGGACUGGCCAGAGAAAGUUUCCCUGUGUUCUAUGGCCAAAUAUUUUGCUACAGAAGAAUGCUCAAAAAUUUGUAAUGAAGCUUUACAACUGCAUGGUGGAUAUGGUUAUCUGAAAGACUAUGCUAUACAACAGUAUGUCAGGGACAUUAGGGUACACCAAAUCUUAGAAGGAACAAAUGAAAUAAUGAGACUGUUGAUAUCCAGGGACUUACUAACAGAUGGAGAGAGAAAAUAUUCUUGAUAAUGUAUACAGUUGUAAUCUGCUCUCUUUUUGACAUAAAAAUGUGACCUGGUCAUUUUGAUUUAGUUUAUAGUGAUGAGAUUUUAUGUUUUGAAUCAUGCCAACACUCAAUGCAUUAUAUAUAUCAUUUUGUGCAUAAUAUAUUAUGUGAAUCAGUGAUACCUUUGCCAGUUACAUG